AUGAGUCGUAACUUCGCUACAGAAAUUAAAUCACCGAAGUUUAAAGACCCUUCAUUGUUUUGUAAAAGUGCUUUUAUAAAUAAUGAAUGGGUAAACGCAAAAUCGGGAGAAACAUAUUCAGUAAUAGACCCUGCAACUGAAAAUGAAAUUGGAAAGGUUCCUGAGAUGAAUGUUGAAGAUAUCAGGGAAGCUAUAAAGGCGGCUAAAAGUGCUUUUAAAGAAUGGGCAAAUUUAACUGCAAAGAAUCGACAUGAUUUUCUUUUAGCUUUGCACUCUCAAAUUUUGGAAAAUCAAAACGAUCUUGCCACUAUUCUUACUCUUGAAAAUGGUAAAUCAUAUAAUGAAUCCUUAGGUGAAAUAAGAUAUGGUGCCACUUUUGUUGAGUGGUUUGCACAAGAGUCUAGACGUGUUUAUGGUGAUGUAAUACCAUCACCUUUUAAAAAUCAUAAAAUCAUAGUGGAAAAACAACCUAUUGGAGUUGUUGGAUUAAUUACUCCUUGGAAUUUUCCAAGCGCCAUGAUUACACGUAAAGUAAGCGCAGCAUUAGCGGCUGGAUGUACUGUCGUAAUAAAACCUGCACCAGAAACACCAUAUUCAGCUUUAGCUUUAGCCGAAUUGGCUGUAAGAUCAGGGUUUCCAAAAGGAGUUAUUAAUGUGGUAACAACUGAUAAGCAUAUUAAAGAAGUUGGUUUGGAACUUUGUACUAAUUUGGAUGUGAAGAAAAUAUCUUUCACCGGCUCGUCUGCAGUGGGUAAACUUUUGAUGGAACAAAGUUCUAGUACAUUAAAGAACAUCUCUUUAGAAUUAGGAGGAAACGCGCCAUUCAUUAUAUUUGAUGACGCUGAUAUAGAUUCAGCUGUUGAAGGUGCUAUUGCAUGCAAGUUCCGUGCAAUGGGUCAAGCUUGCAUUGCUGCAAAUCGUAUUUAUGUACAAUCAUCAAUUUAUGCAGAAUUUGCAUCUAGAUUAGCGGAUAAAGUUAGUGGAUUUCAAGUAGGAAAUGGAUUCGAUCCAAAAACAACUCAUGGUCCUUUGAUUAAUCAAAGAGCUGUAAAUAAGGUGACGAGACAUGUUGAAGAUGCUGUAGCAAAAGGUGCUGAAAUACUUAUAGGGGGUACAAAACAUACAGGAAAUUUUUUUUAUCCUACAGUUCUCACUAAUAUGACUAAAGAAAUGGUUAUUACAUCCGAGGAGACAUUUGGCCCAAUAGCUGCUUUAUAUAAAUUUGAAACGGAAGAUGAAGUUAUGAAACUAGCAAAUGAUAGUCCGUAUGGGUUGGCGGGAUAUUUUUAUAGUAGAGACAUCGGAAGAUGUUGGCGUGUAGCUAAUGCUUUAGAAGUUGGUAUGGUUGGUGUCAAUACUGGGAUUAUACACAAUUGCGAAGCACCAUUUGGUGGGAUUAAAGAAUCAGGAUUGGGACGUGAAGGUUCCAAAUAUGGUAUUGACGAUUUUAUUGAUUUAAAAUAUGUUAGUAUGGGUGGAUUAUAA